AUGGUGGAUCCAGCCAUCACCUGUGCUGAAUUCCAGAGCAGUCAGAGCUCUGUGAGUGGCAUUGAUGACUUAGCAGUAGUCUUGAUCUUGUUUGUUCUCCAUCUUCAUAAACAAUACCGUGAACUCCACAUCAAAGGAAGGAGAGAGGAAGGAGAAGUCUGAGUGGCUUCCAUUACAGAAGGUGAAGAAUCACCACUUGCCACUUGCUUGCAAGUGUUCUUGCUCCUCUGGUUCACUGUUCCUAUUCAUUCGUGUGUGUGUGUGUUCUACAAAAUCCAGGUGAGAAGCACAGGGAAGACUUUAUCAACUUAGAACUUUGCUCCUUGUGUGGGUGCCAAUGAGGAGAAAUGAACCAGGGUAGAGAAACAUCACUACCCUCUCUAUUGUCAGUGGUAUUAUGAAAUGAUUAAUUAA